AUGGCCUAUGUUCCUUUUCAAGAUGGAGAAAAUCUUCAACAUGUAGUAGAACCUGCUAUCGGAAGGCUCUACAUGGUACAACCUUCAGAAGAGGAAAGAUAUUAUCUAAGAACUUUACUUACCUGUAUGAAAGGUGCUACCGGCUUUGAUUAUUUGAAAACUGUAAAUGAAUAUUUGUGUACAAGCUUCAAAGAAGCUUGCAUUUGCCUAGGCCUUCUUCAAGAUGACACUGAAUAG